AUGUCUUCGCUGCCCCCGGGGGAUUUAGCUCUUCCAUUUCUCCCACCGGAGAUAAUGAUGAUGAUUUGCGAGAUGCUUGCUGAGCGAGGCACACGUGAUGUAUUCAACUUCUGCAUGGCCAGCAAGUACUUCAAUGAAAUAGGCACCGCAAUCCUCUAUCGCAGGGUCUCAUUGGGCCCAUGGGUUUCAAGCAACCACUUCGAAUGGCUUAGGUCCCGGCGCCAGGAGCAUCCGGUUUGGAAAAUGUCCGGUGACCUUGCAGACCGGUUGCUGGGAUUCCCGAAUCAAACUCUACGGGCUCCCAACAUACUAGUGCGUGAACUCACGAUCACCUGUGAUCUCAAACGCAAUUUCGCGAGGGAAGUCGCGCAAGGUGGCCGCAAACAUGCAACCAGGUUGUUCGAAAGUCGCUUUGUACUUGCCAAAUUGGUCAAAUCAUUACCCAAUCUCAUGCGACUUCGAAUUGGCUUUCCACACAAUUUCGACGAUGCGCUUCUUCAAGCUCUGAACAACCACCCCGUGAAAAUCGACAUCCAUCUGCUGGAAGAACAUGGACAAAACACAGUUUGCCAGAAGAAGAACGUCACGCUUCCCUGGGUCUCCACAAUGACCAUCUAUGUUGAUCACAAUGUGAAGUUCCAUCUUCGCCUGAACCCCCUGAAGGCUCUGAUUCUGCAAUGCCCGAAUCUCAAGAGACUCUCUAUUGAUGAAAAGCUGGACUCUCUUUUCUACAAACAGCCUAUUGGCCACAUGCCCUAUGUGAUCCGACCAAAGUUCCCACCGAUCGAAUCCAUUUACAUGAACUCGGCCAAUGUCCUGGUGGACAACGCGUGGAAACCCGAAUUCCAAUUUGAUAAGCUCGUGUCUCUCUUCAUCGGACGUAGGUGUAUGGGCUGGCCGCUGGUGCUAGGCAUGGGUGCUGCCGGCAAUUUCUGGAACCUCAAGUCAUUCAGCUUCGACUACCCUGUCAGAAACAUUGCCCUGGGAGAUGGUGAUGGGCUUCACCUCUGUCUUCUAGGGAUGCCACUCCUAGAGACACUUUAUGUGAAAAAUUUCCCUUGCUCGGCUCGAUCGCUCACUCACCUCGGUUGUCUGAAAAAGCUAGGCUUACUUUACGAUGAGCCUUACAUAUGGCAACCUGUUGCAGCCGGAGCCCAACCUGGGCUAGGCGGUCACGCUUUCAGUACCUUCAUGGUCAUGCUUUCCCAUGUUCGUCAUGCUCAUGUCCCUGGUCGGCCUAUGUUCCCCACGAUAGGAACACCGACUCGGAAUGCUUUGUCCCUGGACGAGUUAGACGACCUGGAUAUGAAUUGCCCAGAUCUCCGGAUGCUCAAAUUAGAGGCCGACCGCGGAAUAAAUUCGUGGCCUUAUGCGUUUCUGGACAAGCUCGCAGCCAAAUUUCCGAAUCUAGAAUAUCUUUCCUUGCAUUUCCAACUUCGUGGGCUCUCCGGACUAAGCGUUCAGAAGCCGAUCUUGAACUACUCCUCUGCCCUCUCCAUAGGCCGUUAUUUUUUCGAGCGCAAGUGGAAUGGCAAGUUCCGCAAGCUGAUUGUGAAGACCCGGGACAAGAAGCCCUUAACCGGAGAAGAGAUCCCUUGCCGGGAGCAGAGAUCUUAUGCGUCGACGUUCGUGAUGUUGCGUCCAGCGAAGAAGGGAGGCGACCCUGUCUUCAUCCAUGUGAGAGAGAAGAAAUGGGGCCUCACACUGAUCUAA